GCAUUACGACGACUUCCUGAGAGAGAGAGAGGAAGAGAGAGACAUCCUACCCUCAGUUUCCACGGUGACGGCAUCCCUCCAUCCUCCUCCUCCAUCAUCUCUCUGUCCAGCUGCUGUCGACUCGUUGGCGUCGUCAGGAUGGGAGAUAAAGGAACCAGGGUGUUUAAGAAAGCGAGUCCCAAUGGAAAGCUCACCGUCUAUCUGGGGAAGAGAGACUUUGUGGACCACGUGGACCUGGUGGAGCCCGUGGAUGGAGUCGUCCUGAUCGACCCGGAGUACCUGAAGGAAAGGAAAGUGUUUGUGACUCUGACGUGUGCGUUCCGUUAUGGUCGUGAGGAUUUGGACGUCCUCGGGUUGACAUUUCGUAAGGACCUGUUUGUGGCUAACAUCCAAGCGUUUCCUCCGCUGCCGGAGGAGAAGAAGAGCCUGACUCGACUUCAGGAGCGCCUGAUUAAAAAGCUGGGAGAACACGCCUACCCGUUCACCUUCGAGAUUCCUGUGAACCUGCCGUGCUCCGUCACCCUGCAGCCGGGACCAGAGGACACUGGGAAGGCCUGCGGAGUCGACUUCGAGGUGAAAGCUUUCUGUGCAGAAAACGUUGAAGAAAAGAUCCACAAAAGGAACUCUGUGCGUCUGGUGAUCCGGAAGGUUCAGUACGCUCCAGAGAAACCUGGUCCUCAACCCACAGCAGAAACUACCAGACAGUUCCUGAUGUCGGACAAACCUCUGCACCUGGAGGCGUCUCUGGACAAAGAAAUCUAUUACCACGGAGAACCCAUCAGUGUCAACGUUCACGUCACCAACAACACAAACAAGACGGUGAAGAAGAUGAAGAUCUCAGUGCGACAGUACGCAGACAUCUGCCUCUUCAACACAGCUCAGUACAAAUGUCCAGUGGCCACCGAGGAGUCAGAUGACGUCGUUGCUCCCAGUUCAACCUUCUGUAAAGUCUUCACCCUCACACCGUUUCUCGCCAAUAACCGAGAGAAAAGAGGCCUCGCUCUGGACGGGAAGCUGAAGCACGAGGACACCAACCUGGCGUCCAGCACACUGUUGAGAGAAGGAGCCAAUAAGGAGAUCCUCGGUAUCAUCGUAUCGUACAAAGUCAAGGUGAAGCUGGUGGUGUCUCGAGGAGGGCUCCUGGGAGACCUGGCGGCGAGCGACGUCUCAGUCGAGCUGCCGUUUACAUUAAUGCACCAGAAACCGUUAGAGGAGAGUUUGUACAGAGACGCUGCAGAUGAAGCUCCGGUCGAUACAAACCUCAUCGAGUUUGACACAAAUGAUGAUGACAUCAUCUUCGAAGACUUUGCCCGCCAGCGGCUGAUUGGGCCAAAAAACGAUAAGGACGAAGACGAGGAGCCGGUGGACUCGCCCAAACUCAACGACAGAUAAAGACGAGGAGCAUCAGCGUCGCUGCCGUUGGUAGUUGGAGCUGCCGGAGGUCACGUUUAGCUGUAACAGUCUGGACCCUGUCAACAUCUGGCGGUGGCGUGUUAUUGUGUUCUCGUUCAUGUUCGUCUUCUCUGCGUCCUGCCGGGGUGUAAAAUGCUAGAAUACCACAGACACCAGUCCUGCUUUCAGACGAGCAGCUCUCCACUACUGGGCUGAUGUGUUGACGCGGCAGUGUCGUCGUCGUGACGACGGCUCGUAGCAUGCCUCACUUUGUUCUACGUGUUUCCAUUAGGGAUCGAACAGGAGUAACGUUGUGUUCAGAUUAGUUUCGAUGUGUCGUACCAGAGGGUCUUUGGUUGGCGUGGGACGAUUUGCCACUUCGAGCCACAACAUGGACGUCAGCCUCCAGAGGCAGAGACAUCUGAGACGUCCCGACUUGCUGAGAGGACUUUGAAGUAUCCGAUCAGCUGACAGGAAGCGGAGGCCUCCUUUGCAUGAAACUUCAUUUAUUAAUGUUAUGAAUAAUCAAACUUUAUUGACGAUGGUUAAAGGAACAAAGGUGUGUAUGUGCUUUGAUGUUUUUAUGUCAAUCAUUUUCCAAAACAUUGUCAGUUUCAGACGCUGCGUUCACUUCGACGAGCAGCAGCUGCUCUUAUGUGUCAUGAAAUGAAUCGUUCAUGUUCCAGGUGGAAUCUCGUGUCCCUGAGUUGACUGUGAACGCAUCAUGGCGACCUCAUGGUGCUUCGGUUGAAUACGUCUGUGGUGCGCCCUCUAGUGGAAUACUCCAGUAACACAAGUAAUACACGAGAGUACGUGAACAAUUACACUAAUGAAGCAUAAUGUUCAUGAAAACAUCCAGUUUAUCUGAGGCCUUAAACCUCUGUGUUUUAUUCUGAAAUUUGUUGGAUUCAUGUUGUUGAAUUAUUCUUUAAAUUUAGAUUUAAAUCAAUUUAAACUGGAUUUUAUUUUGACAAAGUUAAGCUGCUGGUGUUUUUAAUUUAACAAAGUCUCCAAACACUUUUGAACUUAAGACGUAACGUGUUAAAACUUUAUUUAAAAGAAACUGUGAAUGUUUUUGUCAACUUGUGAUAUUUGUAACGUUUUCACAACGUCUCAUUGUUUCUGUCCUAGUUGUCAUGACAACCUGUCGGAUUGAACUGAUAAGUGGUUUGGAAAAUGAUGUUUUAUUGAUGAUAAAAACAGAAUGGUCCUUUGGAGAAGAAAUAUUAUUGAACAUUUAUUUUACAAAACAGAAGUAUAUUUGAACCUUCAAAAUAAAACGUGUGAAACGUCCCUUUGUGUGUGUGUGUGUGUGUGUGUGUGUGUGUGUGUGUGUGUGUGUGUGGCCCAAACACAGGACAAAGAUCCAAAACUCACAAAAUAGUGUAAUUAUUUCUAAAAUAAUUUUCAUUGGCUUUUAUUUUGAAAGGGCCAAGAGGACAGCUGUGUACAUCUUUAAUAAAAAGACGUUUGUGGGUAAAA